AUGGCCCGAGUGUUCUGGCUAUGCCUUGCCUACUUGACUCCGGUCCAGGCCCAGCAGCCAGUGAUCUAUGGAGAGUCCAUACUGCUGGUGGUGGUUGGCGUCAUCCUCUUCGGGCUUUGCACCGGUCUGUGCGCCUUCGCGAUCCGGAACCGCAAGGACUUGGCGGAGCUGCUACCUGCGGUCUUUAGCUCCACCCGCACGGUGGUGGAGCAGCCGACCGAGGAGGACCGCAUCGCCUUCGAGCGGGCGGAGCGUCGAAAGCGGAGGAAGGAGGAGCUGAGGGAAGCCGCGGAGGCGCUGGAGGACGAGGAGACCCGGCUGGAAAUGGGACUGCCCUCCACCCUGGAGGAAGGCGUUCAAGGCCGCGGGGUGGCUCCGAGCUCCGAGGGCGGCGAGAGCACCAACAGCCUGUCCUUGGCGCGAGGGCGCAAGGUGGGGGGCCCCCGGCGCGGCAGCCGCACCUCGGAUCCCGGGCUGCGCAGGGAACGGCCCUCCAUCGCUCUGGACCCAGGCGAAGAGGGCCCCGUGGCUCCCCUGGUCGAGUCGGCCAAGCACAGCCGCACCAAAGGGCGGCGGCAUAGCAUUCACGGCGGCGGCAUCGGCGAGCUAGAAAAGCUGGCGCAGCCGAAGGAGCGGGACGGCACCGGCUCGGCGCCGCUCAAGGGCGGCACCCACCGGGCGGCGCCCACCUCGGGGCCCUGGCGGGGCACCCUGAGCGAGCGGGGCGUGGCCCGGAGCAGCGGGUACCACCUGAAGUUCCUGGCGGACGGCCGCGUCCUGGGCACCGCCGCAGACGGCCAGGCACAGAUCUCUGGACAUUUCGAUCCGGACAACCACCGGGUGGUGUGGUCGGAGUCGCACGCCUGGGGGACCGUGAAGGUCACUGGUCACAUUUUCUACAAGGCCCACACCCCGCAGAUCACGGGCGCCUUCAAAGCCUCCGACGGCGGAAAGGGGAAAUUGGAACUGAGCCCCGAGUGA